AUGUCGAAGAAGCAAGCUCCUUUAAGCAAUUACGUUGGUGUUCCUCCACCUCCAAAGAAAUUUCAGAAGGAGUCCAAACCGCAAAAGAAGCGCGUAUUCUCGGAAAAGUGGUUACAGGAGGUGAGCUGUCCCAAGGCAGUGAUGGAGAUGACCACUAGAUCUUUUCAUCAAUUCAACACAACCACUGCACCUGUUUACCAGUAUGCUGAGUUGAGACAUUCUCUCGACAUUAUGUCUGCCAUUUUUCUCUCCCUGGUCUUUGUCCUCGGUGUGCUCGGGAAUGGAGUGGUUAUCUGGGUGACCGGGUUCAAGAUGAAGAAAACUGUUAAUGUAGUUUGGUUUCUCAGCCUUGCUGUGGCCGACUUCAUCUUUUGUGCAUUUCUUCCCAUUACCGUGACAUCCCUGUUACUGUCUCAUUGGCCUUUUGGCCAAGUCAUGUGCAAGCUAAACACCGCUUUAGUCUAUCUAAACUUAUCUGUUAGUGUCUACAUUCUGGUGGCGAUCAGUCUGGACAGGUGUGUUUCUGUGGUGUGGCCGGUCUGGGCUCACAACCACCGAAGUGUACGCAAGGCAUCCUAUGUGAGUCUGUGUAUUUGGACGGUGAGUCUGAUAAUCAGCAUUCCAGUGUUUUUCUUUAUGGAAACAAAGGAAAUGAAUGACACUAAAGCCAAAAUCAUCUGCGUCCACAAGUUUGGCCAUCAUGAUUACUUUAAACGAUCAUCUUUCAUUCAGCUGGCAUUAGUCUCCCGCUUUCUCCUGGGAUUUGCAAUCCCCUUCUCUGUCAUCGUCUCCUGUAAUGCCGUCAUAAUCCAUCGUCUGAGAAGAAGCAGCGCUCUGGCAAGGCAAUCAAGUCACACUUUUAAGAUCAUCACUGCCAUAAUCAUUGCUUUCUUUCUGUGCUGGGCUCCCUCUGGCAUUAUGGAUCUAAUUCGACUUGAGAAACACAGAUCUGCUACUACAAGUGGAACAUUAAAGUAUGUCCUGGUUAUCGGGACCCCUCUCGCCAGCUGUUUGGCUUGUCUCAACAGCUGCCUGAAUCCACUGCUGUAUGUGUUCAUGGGCCAGGAUUUUAAGAAUCAAGUCCACAAAUCUAUCCACAACAUCUUGGAGACUGCCUUCCAGGAAGACGUUCCUCCAAAUGCAACCACUCAGAAGAAUACGAAGUCAGGGUCUGACACACAGUUGUAA